GUCAGCUGCUGCGGGAAGGUGGGCGCCCAGCCCCCAAACAUCCGAGUCCAUACCUGGGGUCCCCCGCGUGUGGCCGGGCCCCCUGUCCUGCGGUGGGUGCUUUUGUUUGACAAGGGAGAAGGCGCGGACCUCGCCCUUUCCCGAGGACCCUUUCCCCGGGACCCAAGCAGAGGAGUCUGCACCCCCUCACUGUCCCAACCACGGGACUUGGUGACCACCCCGCAGCUGGACCCUGGGGUGUCCGGCCCGGAUCCUUGGCAGAUGGUUGAGUGGGGGUGGGGGUUGCUGGUUCCCGGGGUCCGCACCCGGGGCAGUGGGGUGAAUGAGACUGAGGCUGAGGCAGUGAUGUGUGAGGCUGACAGCGAGGCUGAUGCCCGGGGGUGUACAUGGAGAGGUGUCCCCAACCCCCAGCAGGUUCUUGCCGGUGUAGGCCAGGUGGCGCCGCGCCAUAGGCAGGCAGAUAGCGCUCUCGGAGCCCCAGACCGUUAAGAAGAGCACUUCCCCCCCACGUCUCCCAAGCUGUUGAGAGCGUCUGUCUUCAAGGGCAGGGGGAGAGUUGGGGACAAUGCCCGAAUGCCUCAGAGACGUGCAGAGCCCGCUGGACUCACCUGCCCGAGAACUGUCUGUCCAUCCUGAGGUUGGGGAGGAGGUGGGUCACCGCUGCACCUGGAGCAUUUGCCUGGAAGCCUGUCCUCGGCAGGCCCAGUCCUGGUGCCGCGCGAGCAGCUGGGGAUGGGAACUCCGUCAACUCCACUGCGCAGACGCACUCGGCUCGGCCUACGACGCGCGGCUGCGCCAGAAGGUGGCGGUGAAGAAGCUGUCGCGCCCCUUCCAGUCGCUGAUCCACGCGCGGAGGACGUACCGCGAGCUGCGGCUGCUCAAGCACCUGAAGCACGAGAACGUCAUCGGGCUUCUGGACGUUUUUACUCCCGCCACGUCCAUUGAGGACUUCAGCGAAGUGUACCUGGUGACCACUUUGAUGGGUGCAGACCUGAACAACAUUGUCAAGUGCCAGGCGCUGAGCGACGAGCACGUGCAGUUCCUGGUUUACCAGCUGCUACGCGGGCUGAAGUACAUCCACUCGGCAGGCAUCAUCCACCGGGACCUGAAGCCCAGCAACGUGGCGGUGAAUGAAGACUGCGAGCUCAGGAUCCUGGACUUUGGGCUGGCCCGCCAGGCAGAGGAGGAGAUGACCGGCUACGUGGCCACUCGCUGGUACCGGGCGCCAGAGAUCAUGCUUAACUGGAUGCACUAUAACCAGACAGUGGACAUCUGGUCGGUGGGCUGUAUCAUGGCAGAGCUGCUGCAGGGAAAGGCUCUGUUUCCUGGGAAUGACUACAUCGACCAGCUGAAGCGCAUCAUGGAGGUGGUGGGCACGCCUAGCCCUGAGGUGCUGGCUAAGAUUUCUUCAGAGCACGCUCGGACAUACAUCCAGUCCCUGCCACCCUUGCCCCAGAAGGACCUCCGGAGUGUCUUCCCAGGAGUCAAUCCUCUGGCUGUGGACCUCCUGGAACGAAUGCUGGUGCUGGACAGUGACCAGCGGGUCAGCGCAGCAGAGGCCCUGGCCCAUGCCUACUUCAGCCAGUACCACGACCCGGAUGAUGAGCCUGAGGCUGAGCCCUAUGAUGAAAGCGUGGAGGCCAAGGAGCGCACCAUGGAGGAGUGGAAGGAGCUCACCUAUCAGGAGGUCCUGAGCUUCAAGCCCCCAGAGCCGUUACAGCCACCAGGCAGCCUGGACAUCGAGCAGUGAGCUGCCUGCCACACUCCAGCUGGCCCCUGCUGCUGAGUGCACUGGCUCCCCCACAGGGAUGCCUCUCAGAGUCCCCAGGAUCUGGCAGCUCUGACUCUGGCUGGAACCUGGGCCUGCAUGCCACACCCUCAGGGAACCUGGACACUUGGGGGUGCAGGGAAUGGUGUGAACAUGCAACACAUGCAUGCAGUGUCCCUGCUUGCCAGCUGUCCCUGAAGACCACACAAAGGAAGGAAGUUCCUACCUUCUCCUUCUCUCCUCCUUGUCCAGGGGACUGUCCCUGGUGGAGGGGUGGGCAGGGGUCCCUGACACUCAGAAAAGCGUCUCAGUGGUCAGAAUUGCUCAGCCUGGAACUGUGGGCUGAGAGCUGGGACUGGGAGGGUCCUGCUGGUACCUACUAGGGUCUGUGCAGUAUGAGGGGGUGGGUCCGGCAGGGAGGCCCCGUGAAGGGUCUUGAUAACUACCCAGCACCCUGGAGAGUUCAUCAUCCUGGUGCCACAAAGGGCUGGCAUUUGGCUGUGUUCCGGGUGGGGCUCUGGCUGCUCUAGGAUACCUGUGUGUUUCCACAUAGCCCAGGGCGGCUAUGGCAAGUAUUUGAGACCAGAGUGCCCAGCACCAGCUGGGGCAGGGGUGGGAGGCAGCAUCAGCCUCGAGGUAGACAUGGACACUCUGGAAAUGCUCCCUCAUCCCCCCCAUCCAGUGGCUCUGAAGCCCAAGGCUUGGAUGUCAGGGUCUGUGGUCAUCCUGCCCGCCCCCUCUCCCUCCUUUCCUUCCUCCCAGUUGGAGCUCAUCUAGAGCCCUGGGACUGGACUCGGUUGGAAGCUAUGGUCAGUGUGGUGCCUCCCUGGCUCAGGGCCUCCUUGUGCGUGGGGAGUGGGUUUAUGGUGGCAUCCAGUCUCACAGGGCCCCAGUAUGACCUAGAUGUAAAGUACUUGUUACAAGGCACUCAAUAAAGGGGUUCCCUCUUA